AUGUGUAUCCUGGCUGGAGAUUUCAACUUCUAUGCUGCUGGUGAGCAGCGAGAGUAUCUGGCAGGUCACCUGUCCCAGCCUCAGGAGUCGUCCACGUACGGAGUUCGAGCUCACUUCGAUGCUGUUUUCGCCAAGUUUUUAGAGCUCUGCGAGUUUUUCAGCACCGACGCGUGCGAGCUUAUCGACGCUGACGCCUUCCAGCAGUUUCUCACGGCGCACUGGUCUCGGGUUUUUGCUCCUAGGCGGGUCGAGCCCGACGCCCUGCAGGAGUAUCUCCCCUUCGUGCAGGUGGCGCCGCAGUUGUCGAGCUGGACUCUCACAUACCCCCAGUUCCAGGAAUUAGUCGAGAAGCUUCACGAUUCGGCCCCUGGUCCAGAUGGAAUCCCAUACUCAGUGUGGAGAGCGCACGACAACUGCACUAGGAUCCUCUACGACUUUUACCUUUACUUCCUCGCCUCCCAGCGGUUGCCUGACGAUUUCAACGAAGCCCUCGGCGUCUUCCUACCAAAAGGGUCUCAACCUGGGGAUGAUAUUCUGGUACGCAGAGAGGCUGACACGACUCGGCCGAUCAGUCUGAGCAACUCCGACAACAAAAUCAUCUCCAAGGCGCUCAACUGUUUUCUUCGUGAUAUUGUUGAAAUCACCGCUCAUACUCAGCAGAGGGGUUUUGUUCGAGGGCGCCAAAUUGUUGACAACCUGAUUGAGAUGGAAGCCCAUGGCCUUGUCUGGGGCAGUGUGGAAGGCUUUGAUAAUGCUGGCGACGCGAUGUUCGACAUUGCGAGCGCCUUCCCUUCCAUCUCGCACGUUUUCCUCUUUGCCAUCCUGACUGCGAUGCAGUUGCCUAGCUUUGUCAUUGCCAUGCUGCAGGCCCUCUACAGUAACAUGACCAUGCGCGUGGUCUUUCGUGGCAAGAGGUAUGGUUUGAUACAAUGCCUGAGAG